GUCAUCACAUUCUCAUAAGGAAGAGGAUGGUGUAAUGUUUUUUCUUGAAUAAAUUUUAAUUUUCUACAAUGGAAGAUAAAAAUCAGGAAUCAAACAUAGGCGACACGUGUAAUUUAAAUGGAAACUGUUCACCGCCUACGAAGAAUAUCUCCAUCAACUUGAAUCAUGGAAAAAAUAUUGAUGACAUAUCAACUCCUUCCGAGCUAAAAUUCGACGAAGAUUUCGAAUUCGAAGAUUCAGAUGUGACUGCCAAACGAAAAGAAAUGGAAAUAUGUUUGGAAAACCCUGAUAUCGUGAACAUAGAAAAGUGGCAAAGUUUUGCAAAAAGCAAAGGAGGAUUAAUAGCAGAUGAAUACAGAAGAAGAAUCUGGCCCCUGCUUGUUGGGGUAACUCGAGAUGAGAUGACGGAACCUCCUUCACUUGAUGAAUUGUCUACGCAUGUUGAAUAUAACCAAGUGGUACUAGAUGUGAAUCGUUCACUGAAACGGUUCCCCCCGGGCAUUCCGUACGAACAGAGAGUGGCGCUGCAGGACCAGCUCACUGUACUCAUACUGCGAGUAAUCAUCAAAUACCCACAUUUAAAGUAUUAUCAGGGUUACCAUGAUGUGGCAAUAACAUUGUUGCUAGUCUGUGGUGAUAAAGCGUCGUUUCCAUUGCUGUGCCGUUUGUCGUACGGGCCUACAGCUCCUCUGGCGCCGUUCAUGCAGACCACCAUGCAGCCAACGCAGCAUCUUCUCAACUACAUGCUGCCUGUUAUACGAAGAGCUGAUGAUAAGCUUGCCGAUUGUUUAGACAAGGCUGGUGUGGGUACUAUGUUUGCACUGCCGUGGUACCUGACUUGGUUCGGGCACAGCUUGAACCGGUACUCGGAUGUGGUGCGCCUCUACGACUACUUCCUGUGCGCGCCCCCGCUCUUCCCCGUGUAUGUGACGGCUGCGCUGGUGCUGCACCGCGCGCCUGCGGUCUACGCCUGCGAUGUGGACAUGGCCAUGAUGCACUGUCUGCUCUCCAGGUUACCAGAUGACUUGCCGUUUGAAGACAUUCUGGUGACAGCUAAGAAGCUUUACGAUGAAAACGAUCCGACCGACCUUGAGGCUGAAGUCGAUGCUUUGGAGAGGAGAGAAGAGGAGCAGCGCCGCAUAGACGAGGAACGUCUCCGGCAACGUCGCGUGGAGCGCGCGGGUCGUAACCGCGCCGCUAACGGUGUGUUGGCGCGUCUACGCCGCGUGCUACCACGCAGUCCCCUGGCGAGGGGCGCAGCCCUAGCGGCGGCGGCUGCACUGCUCGCUGUCUACGCCUACUACAGGCCCGACCUAUUCUCCAGGUAGCGCCGAGGUUACUCCCUACUCUUAUUCGCGGUGUAACUGUCACUGUGACAGCUAUAGACUGUCCGCCAUCUUUGUUUCACUUGUAGAUGACGUCACUGAUGUUAUGCGUCAUUUAACGGCUUGUGGUAGUUGCAUCUAUCGUAGACGAGUUCGAAACCAGCGCUAAAUCGCUUUUUGAACGCAACUGUCACUUUGACAGCUGUCAUUAUCUUACGUGAGGUCGCUGUCAAAAUGACAGUUGUGUUUGAAAUUAUAGAAUUGUUUCUUUUUGAAACUGCAAAUAUAAUUAUGGCGUUAGAUAUAGUUUCACUACGUCUAUUAAAAAUGCUGUCUUAAAUUGCUGCUAAAAUUGGUCUAACAAUUUAGAUAUAGUAAUGUGACAUACAACACUGUGCUGUAUGUAGACUGUAUGAAGUUUUAGUAUUAUUUAUUUUGGAGACUGCCUUUUGAAAUGUAUGAAUGUGU